UUUAACAAACUCAAAGAGUAUGUGGCUAUGAAUGAAUCGAUGUCGCCGGGAGUGAGCUUCUUAUGGAGUUUGAGCCCGCUGAUGAGGCUUUUGGUGUACCGAACUAUGCUUUCAUUUAUCGUAGCACUGCCGAUUACCAAAGCUUUAAAUUGGUCUGCGGAUAUCAGCGUUGGAGGUUUAAAUGUCAAUUGGCCACCUACUCUCUAUGGAUUUCUAACGCUAUUGGGUGUAGUUGUGGGUACCGUAACAAAUUAUGCUAUUGGCCGUAAGGCGGUGAGUCUUAUUUCGUUAUUAUGUGUCGCUGGCUUGACCAUCGGUGUUGGUGUUUUCUUUCAUGAUUCCACAUGGCUGAUUGAUUCCACGCAAAUGGCGAUUGCCUGCACGCUUCUAAUGAUUGCACAAAUUUUUGGUGGAAUAUUUGCGCCCAGUACAACAAUUUAUCUUGGUGAGGCAUUUCCGUUGCAAUGGAAACGCUGUUUCAUCGCUUUUACUGUCUUUGUUCAAUAUAUGGUGGAUCUGAUCAUAGUUUGCACAUUCACUUUUGAUGGAUACAAUGAAUAUAUCUUCUGCAUCUCUGCUGGCGUAAUAAUGUUUGCUGGCGUAGUCUUCUUCUCAAUCACAAUGCCAGAAACACGAAAGGCUACGCUGAGAGAAGCACAAGAAAAAUUCUCAUAUGCACUACACCUGGAAUUUUAUUGA